AUGGCGCCCACUCUUGGCCUCAUUGACUACUUCUACCACUUCUUAAUCCUGAUCAUUUCUACUAUUCUGCUAAGUUUCCUGGUUAAGUCCUUCAGGAAGUUUAAGACAAAAGCCAAAUAUCCACCCAGCCCUCCGGCUCUACCGAUCAUCGGUCACAUUCACAUGUUAAAAUCCGGAUUACCUACAUCCUUUCAGAGUCUAGCCAAAAAAUAUGGCCACUUAAUGCAGAUACGCGUGGGAGCUACUAACUUUGUAGUUGCCUCAGAUGCAAAAUCUGCUGAAGAAAUAUUGAGAACAUUUGAUACUGAUUUUGCAUCCAAGUUCCAGCCUGGUCCGACAACUUACCACAUAUAUGAAGACAGCUCCUUUACUAAUGCUCCUUAUGGUGCUUAUUGGAGGUUCAUGAAGAAACUAUGCAUGACUAAGCUGUUUACAGGUUCACAGCUUGAUCGGUUCAUCCAUAUUAGAGAGCAAGAGACAAGCAAGCUCUUAAAAUCGCUGCUGAAGAGGUCUAAAGAAGGAGAGCUAUGCGACUUGGCGACUGAGAUAACAGCUUUAACUAAUAACAUGAUCUACAGAAUGGCAAUGGGAAGGCGAUGUUCAAAGAAUCCUAACCAAGCCGCGGAGAUCAGAAAAUUUAUUACAGAUAGCAUGAAAUAUGCAGCAAAGUUUCAUUUUGGAGAAGUUUUUGGUCCUUUGAAGAAAUUCGACCUCUUUGGUAAUGGGAAGAGGCUUAAGUUGACUCUGAAGGGUUAUGAUCAGUUGAUGGAGCAGAUUAUGAAGGAUUAUCAAGAUAAUGAGCUGAACAAUUGUGAAAGUGAUCAAGAGAAAGAUCUGAUGGAUAUUCUGUUGAAGACUUAUAAAGACAGAAAUGCUGAAGUGAAGUUGACUAGGGAUCAGAUCAAGAACUUUUUCAUGGAAUUAUUUAUGGCUGGUGUGGAUACAACAGCAGCAGCAAUACGAUGGGCAAUGGCAGAGCUUAUCAAUCAUCCCCACAUAUUCAAAAAGCUCAGAGAGGAGAUUGACUCGGUUUUGGGUACAAAUAGGCUAAUCAAAGAAUCUGAUGCCCCAAAACUCCCAUACUUGCAAGCAGUAGUUAAGGAAAUCCUACGGCUACAUCCUCCAGGGCCCUUGCUCCGCCGACUUUCCAACAAAGAUAGGAAGGUCAACGGCUUUGAUCUCAAGGAAGGGACUAGAGUUUUCAUCAACAUCUACAUGAUCAUGAGGGAUCCAGAUAGCUACAAGGAACCGGAAAAAUUCCUGCCUGAGAGGUUCUUAGGCAACUCUACUGAAAUGAAGGGCCAGGAUUUUCAUUACCUUCCAUUCGGUAGUGGAAGGAGAGCUUGCCCUGGUGCAUCACAUGCUAUGUUCGUGAUGCAUGCAACGAUUGGAGCCCUGAUACAAUGCUUUGAUUGGAGAGUGAAAGAUGGGAAGAAAACCGACGAUGGAGUAGCAGGUACAGGGUAUUCAGGGGCAUUUGCACUUCCUCUUGUGUGCUAUCCCAUCACCCGUUUUGAUCCAUUUGAGGCAUGA